UUUCUCUCUCUCUCUGUCUCUCUCUGAGUGUGUGUGUUUCAGCUCUCAUCCGAAAACCCAAGAUAGGUAAUAUGGUAGUUGCCUACUGGAGAGUUGCUUUCAGUCCUACACUUCCUUCAUAGUAGUGCAGGUGAAGGAAAGGACAUAAGGAGAGGAAUCCUCCUUAGAGUCUUGAUAUGUACCCUCGCUCUCUGAGUAGGUCAUGUGACUAUGUGCUGUGAGAGGUCAGUCCCUCUGCUUAAAGCAGACAUUUUUAUGGGAUUAGCCGGUUUCUACACACACUGACAGCACUACACCCAACGAUGGCCACACUGUGACAGACCUGGGACACAAUCAGGUGCCUUUUCUCUUUUUGUGUUCCCUGGUGACAAAAUCGGUUGCCAUGGCGUCCCUGGAGGAAGAGUUGACCUGUUUCGUUGUGCCGCGAAGUCUUCAGCCAGGCCCAGUCCCUGCUGUGUGGCCACAGCUUCUGCCCGGCCUGCGUACGGGACACCUGGGGGCACAGGAAGGCUGGGGUCAGGGGUCGCUUCACCUGCGCACAGUGCCAGGAGGAACAAAGGGUGGUGGUGUGUGACUGCUGCCCACCUGUGGGGGAAAAGAACCAGGUGGGGACCACCGUGGCGGUGAAGACCUGCCUGCGCUGUGAGGUGUCUCUGUGUGCAGAGCACCUGCAGCCCCACCUGGAGCGGCCCGCCUUCAAGACACACCUGCUGGUGGAACCCCUGGUAGAUCUGUCUCACCGGAGGUGUCCCGCCCACAAGGAGAUGUUCCUCUACUACUGUGCAGACGAGCGGGUGUACGUGUGUUCAGAGUGCCUAUUGGAAGGUGGCCAUGCACAGCACCGCAUUAAAGGACUGAGGAAGGUGGAGGAGGACCUCAAGGUCAUCCUCAAGAGCCUUCUCCAGAAAGCAGAUGAAAAGCUGAAUGAAGGUGAACGGAUCCUCCAAGAGCACCAGAACACUGGCCUCACUAUAACAGACAUGUCUGUGGCAAAUGACUCCCAGGUGGAACGUAUGGGUGUACACCUGCAGCUGCAGGUGGAGAGGCUAGUGCUGGCCCUGAGGGAGAGCACCUUGAGGGAGAGGCAGAAGGUCAUGGAGCACCUGCAGAACGACUGCAGCAUGGUGAGGGUGGACCUGAGUAAGACCCAGGACAUUCACCACUACCUGGCAUCCUUGCUGGAGGAGACAGACCCCUUCCUGCUCAUCUGGGCAUUUCAUUCUGAUGACUCAAGGCUGCUUGUGGACCUGAACUGCCCCCUGUUCACCCCUGACCCUGUCAACCUGGACAGGAAGUACAUUGUGGAGGACAUUGAGAGCAAGCACAGACAGUUCAUCACCGAGACGCUGCACUGUCUCACCGAACUCAAGAGAGAGCUCUCGACAAGUCCGUUGACUCUGGACACUAACUCCGCCCAUCCUCUCCUGAGCAUUUCUGAUGGCCUCCAGUCAGCCAUGCGGGUCAAACACCGCCUUCCCUGUGCCACUCACCCCGACCGCUUCGAUCACUGGGCUCAAGUCCUGACCGUCCAGACAUUCUCCUCUGGAACCCAUUACUGGGAGCUGGAGGCAGAAGGCUUCUGGGACAUUGCGGUGUCCUACCGGAGCAUCGGGCGGAAGGGGAAGGUGGGCAAUGCCUUUGGAAUUAACAAGGUACAUUGUCAUCACUCUUCUUCCCCUUGUUCUUCGUCAUGUGGUCUUUAAUAAUAGCAAGAACUGUGGUAAUAAGACUAACAUGACAUGUUAGUUGUCAUCUCUGUAAACUGAUCUGGAAGUUGAUCGAUAGCUAGCUUUCCAUCCAAUUGGCGACCGAUUUUCAUUGAAAUGGUCACAUCCUGAUCUGUUUCACUUGUCUUUGUGCUUGUCUCAACCCCCCUCCAGGUGUCGCUCAUCUUCCCCAUAAUCCCCAGUGUAUUUAUACCUGUGUUCUCUGUUUGUCUAUUGCCAGUUCGUCUUGUCAAGCUUACCAGUGUGUUUUUCCGUGCCCCUGUUUUCCUAGUCUCUGUUUUCUAGCCCUCCCGGUUCCGACCUGUUCUACCUGCCCUGACACUGAGCCCGCCUGCCUGACCAUUCAGCCUGCCCUGACCUCGAGCCUGCCUGCCCCCCUGUACCUUUUGGACUCUGACCUGGUUAAUGAACUUCUGCCUGUACUCGACCUGCCUAUUGCCUGCCCCUUGUAUUUUAAUAAAUAUCAGAGACUCGAACCAUCUGCCUCCUGUGUCU